CCUUGAGGCCAUGGCGGAACCUUUGAGCAUACACCUCGAGUUUCCCUAACUCUAUGGGUUUUCCAGCUAGUAAAAAGGAAUAUUUCCGGUGUAAACCAGAAGUGUUGCUUAUAGCCUCCCUGGAGGCGGGAUGGCGGCUCGGACCGCGCUGCUGCUUUUACUGGGGGUGACGGGAGCCGGCCCGGUCCCCACACAGGGUUCGCGGGGGGACCGGGAGCCCGUCUAUCGAGACUGCUUGACUCAUUGCGAGAGGCGCAACUGCUCCGGGGCCGGGCUGCGGCACUUCCGUUCCCAGCAGCCGCUCUAUAUGAGCCUCACAGGAUGGACCUGCAGAGAUGAUUGUAAAUACGAAUGUAUGUGGUUCACUGUGGGCCUUUACGUCCAGGAAGGAUACAAAGUGCCUCAGUUUCAUGGAAAGUGGCCCUUUUCCCGUUUCCUGUUUUUUCAGGAGCCUGCUUCUGCCUUUGCUUCAUUCCUUAAUGGACUUGCCAAUUUAGUGAUGCUGAACAGAUACAAAGCUGCUGUCCCCCGUUCUUCUCCCAUGUACAAUACCUGCAUCGCCUUUGCUUGGGUCUCUUUAAAUGCCUGGUUCUGGUCUACAGUUUUCCAUACUCGAGAAACAAAUGUAACUGAGAAAAUGGAUUAUUUCUGUGCAUCAGCAGUCAUCCUCCAUUCUGUAUACUUGUGUUGUGUCAGGACCCUGGGUCUGAAACGUCCAGCCUUUGCCAUCGUCGUUGGGGUUUUCUUGCUCCUUUUCUUGGCCUGCCACGUCUCAUAUCUGACACUUGUCCGCUUUGACUAUGGUUACAAUAUGGCUGCCAAUGUGGUAAUAGGCCUCCUCAAUCUCCUCUGGUGGCUGGGUUGGUGCAUGAGAAACCAGCAACGUCUGCCUUAUGUCUGGAAGUGUGUGGCAGUUGUGCUGCUUCUCCAAGCUUUGGCCCUCCUGGAGCUCCUGGACUUCCCGCCACUCUUUUGGGUCUUUGAUGCCCAUGCCAUCUGGCACAUCAGCACCAUCCCGGUCAAUAUCCUUUUCUACAGUUUCCUCGUUGAUGACAGCCUCUAUCUUUUGAAGGCCAACUCUGGCAUUCUUAAAAUAGACUAAAGCGUUUGAUGGAACGUCGCUUGGAGAAGGGCACUGACCUAUACAGGAGACACCAGUAGAUUAUUUCCAGCAUCUGAGGAGUGUGCUAUCCUAGGCCUACUUUAUUGUGAGAAUCAGUGACAAUUUGCACUUACUGUCCUUGCACUUCCCAAGCAUUCACAUCUGGAUUCUGUUGCCAUGGUGUUAUAAACUGUCUGCCUUUGUCCUGGAUGUAUCAGGAUACAUAUAUCUUGCCUCUCCUGGAACUUUUUAAUUCUCCUUGUUGCCUUCCCAACUCUUCUCAUGGGGAGAACAGGAACACGUUUGCUCUUUGCUUGUUUUAUUCAAUUCCUUUUUUAAAAUUUUAUUUUAUUUAUUAUUUUCAAGCAGCUCCGUGGUAUACGUUAGAUCUCCUGUUGCUAAAGGAACUUCAAAAGCCACAUGAAAGAUGGUGAUAGCAACUUCUCAAACCAGAAUUUUCAGAAGCCUUGUUCAUGCUGUAAUGUGCCAUGGGUGAAUUGAAGCUUCAAAUGUUUCAGAAAAGCAGCCCUAUUCUGCUGCUUCAUUGGCAGGUUGCCUUUUGUUCUACUUUGCUAGCCCAUCAGGUAAAUCAUCUCUAUGAACUCUACUUCCCCACCUCUACUGAUAAAAACAGAAGAUAAUAUUCCCAGUUGUGGUGACUUCUGGGUGUGCUGGGAAUUGUGCUAGGCUCAACCUUCCUAGAAGAUAUGUCCUCUCAUCUUGAAGUUUUGCACAUGUACAUCCAGGUUAUAAGUACUCCUUGUCAGCAUGGGCACUCUCUACAUGCUCAGAUGAACUUGCAAGCCCUGUCAUUAAAAACUAGGUCUGGGACUGGUCAUGGCUCAAAUUAAAUCUGAGCUGAGUGGAGAAAUCUUAAGGAUUUUUUUAAAAGAAUUUAUGUGAUUGGGAUGAAUCACUUUUCAUCAUGAAGACUAUUCCUACAAGUCUGUGGAAGCUAUUUGCAUCUGUUCAAACUGAUAUGUGAUUUAGAGGGGAAAUAAAUAGCAUUUCUCCUUUCCCUUGACACAUCUCUGUUUUUAAAAUAGUAAUUCAGAUACAGUAGACUGGAAUGUGUGUGUAUAUAUAUAAAACAAGAGACACACAGACAGAGACUUGUCUUGCCAUGUCGAAACCAGAGUUCCAUCCUGUCCAGUGCCCUUAGGAACCUUAGCUUAAUGGGACGAAGCAUCCACAGCUGUUUGUCCUCAGUAUCUCUGAAAUGUACUGUCUCAGGUUCCAGUUUAGGCUACUGAUUGCUGGACUAAUCAAGCCCCUAUGGAUUCUGAGGCAGGCCAUUUGUUCAGCCUAGAGGUCUCUCUACCAUUGGUGUUACUCUGUCUUCCUUCUGUCUUUUGGAAAGACUUGAAGUUAAAGAAGAUAACCUGAGCUAGGGCUGAAAAUAAGCUGCUUCAAUAUUUCUGGCAAGGACUAAUGAUUUUGUGCACCUUCCCAGAGACGGGGCCCAAGUCCUCAUGGCUCAUAGUAUUUACACACCUUUGCAGCCUUGAAAUGGCAUCAAACUUGGCAUUACUCUGUACAAGCAUUGGGGUGUGGCACGUUCAGCAAGAUGAGCAUGAGCAUUUAAGCAUUUCUCUUUGCUGGAAAAAUCUGCAGGGAGCAGGAGGAGGCCGAAAGUGCCUUUUGUGUGCAAUGAGUGCCAAAGGGUUCUUCAGAAAGUGACCCAAGACAAGAAAAGAGCCAAAGUUAAAAGGACAAGGCAGCCUGGCUUGCUGAUGUAGGUGUUGUUAUUUCAAUCAGCCACCAGGUGGCAAUGGAUGCCAAUUCACCAGUGGCUUGGAAGGUGCAUUGAUUUAAUGUGCCCCCAUUCCAACAUUUGAGAUAGUUUGAAAACUGCUGCAUUAAAAUAAAGAAUAAAGCUAUCUUUUGGGGAAAUGUGUUCUUUUAAAAACAAAAUUUCUAGGGAUUUCUCAAAGAUAAUAUGGGUGACAGCAGCAAAACUUCCGUGAAAUACAGCAUCACCCCUCAUCCUUUGCAAUAUGUAGUUGGCAUGGGGGAAUUGGGUAUGUCCUUUGUUGCACACCUCCCCUCAGUAAAACUGAGUAUGUGCUCAACAGACUCUUCAACAAUGUACUGAGGGUCUUUAGCAGAUGGGGCAAUAGGAAAAGGGUUUGGGAGAAAAACACUGCCAUAGUGGGUCAAAUUUCACCUACAAAUUUUCACUUUAUAGCCCAGCAAGAAAAAGGGCUGGGAGGAUUCACUUUCAUCUUGACUGUUUCUCCUGUUCCAUGGAUCCUAUGCCUUUUAACAGCUGCAUGGCAGGCAGAAAUUCAGCUGGUGAAGCAUUUUCCAUUGGAGCAUCUCAAUAUCAGGAAACUUGGGGCCUCCUUAAGUUCUGCCUGUUGCACACCUGUUAAAAGCAUAGCAGCCUAGACAAGAAAAAUGGGGGCAAAUCCUUCUGUCCAAAUGCAUGGCAUAAGGACAUAAAGGAGAACCCUGCUAGAUCAGGCCAAAGGCCCAUAUAGUUCAGCAGCAGUGGCUAAUGACCAUUGGAAUUGGUACAGCAGUAGGUAAGGAGGGCAAUAGCAGGUAGAGCCAGAGCCAACUAAUUCUAGUCUUGCCCCCAUCCUCCUCCCUGCUGAGUUCUACAAGGGCCAUGCUGAGACUGAGGAGGAAGCUGUUAAGCAGCUCUAUACCAUGAUCUGGUUUCAAAUAAGGCAGGCAAGGGGUUGGCUGAAGGAAGACUGAUGGAGUAACCUCCACUGUAUCCAGUGUUCUGUAGUCCUGUUUUCUCAGUAGCCAACCAUAUGACUAUGGAAAGUGCGCAUGCAGAACAUGAGCACAACAGUACGCUCCCCACUUUUGCUCCCCGACAACCAGUAUUCAGAGGCAUCAUCAAAAAUGGCUGGUAGCAAUUGAGAGCUGUCUCUUCCAUAAAUCUGCUUAAUCCCAUUUUAAUGGCAGAAAUUACCCACCCCAACAAACAUAGAUUAACCCCCUCUACAAAACCCACAGUGUGCCCAGCAUACAAAAACUGGAGUAGGCAGGCAAUACUGCACCCUGUUAGUUGGCAGAACAAAGAACAGAAAACUAAAUUAAGCUGAUUUAAGUGAUGCUAUAAGGGGUGCCCAGUAAUUGGUUGGGACUACUUUUUAGUUGCCAGGUGCUGAGAAGAGCCCUGUGCCUGUAGCAGUCUUGGCUGGGAUAUUAUCUAUUUAUGGUUAGAUUGGAAACAAUGGCCUGAUUCUCAUGACAUGGUAAACCAACAUAAGCUUCAGGAUGCAAUAGCCCCAAGGAAUCAUGUAGCCCAGGUGCGAGGAGCCUUUGGCCCUCCAGAUGUUGCUGAGCUACUAUUCCCAUCAGCCACAGCAAGCAUGGCCAAUGCCUGGGGAUGAUGGGAGUUGUAGUUUAGCAACAUCUGGAGGGCCAAACAUCCCCCACACUUCCUGCCAUGUCUUUAAGAUGCUAUUACUCUUUAUUGUUUUUGCGGAAGCAGACUGAAAUGAUUACCCCUCCAGAAAGAACAAGGGGAAUCUGAGUAAAUGGCCCAAGAGUGGGGCUUUGGCACCCUACAUAUCUUCAUGCUCCUCCCCAUGUAUUCAAGAAGCAGAAUCAGUCUGCAUGCACAUUUUACAUAAAUUAUACAUGCUGCACUAUUGGACGUUUUUUGUCAAGGCAAAUGAGGAUUUAUUUCUGUAAAAUAAAAAGAAGGAUUUGUGAACCA